CACUUCGAGGAGUGUCGUUAGACGGUGGAGAUACGACCUCACCAUUCAAUCCGACGGCUGAAACAACAACCGCGUUUUACGAAGCAAACCCAUGAAUCCGUCAUCCUCAAAAUAAAGCCCCCCGCAGUCCCCAAACCCUCUCUCUCUAAACCCCCCAGAUUUGGAAACCCUUCUCUCUCUCUCUCUCUCUCUCUCUCUGCAACUCAUCCCCAACUCUCUCUCAGAUUCGUUACAGUAGUCUUUAGUUUCCAGAACAAAGAAAGCUUUCUCGUGUUUUGGAGGGACAGAGAUGCAAUCCAACGGCUCCGACUCCUCGCUGCAGCAACAGGAGCAAAAUACUACUCAGCCGCAGCCACGUCAGCAGCAGCCUCCUCCUCAUCCUCCGCAGUCGCAGCCGCCGCCACCGCAGUGGAUGGCGAUGCAGUACCCGGCGGCUGCAAUGGUAAUGCAGCACCAAAUGAUGCCACCGCAGCAUUACGCGCCUCCGCCGCCACACUACAUGGCGUACCACCAGUACCAGCAGCAGCCGCAGCAGCACCUCCAGCAGCAACAGCAGCCGCAGAUGGGAUCUGGCGGCGGCGGCGGCGGCGGUGGAAGCGGCGAGAACAAGACCAUCUGGGUCGGAGAUUUGCAUCACUGGAUGGACGAGAACUACCUCCAUAACUGCUUCGCUUCCGCUGGCGAGAUUGCUUCCAUCAAGGUUAUUCGCAAUAAGCAGACUCUUUUAUCAGAGGGCUAUGGAUUCGUAGAGUUCUUUUCACAUGCUACAGCUGAGAAAGUCAUACAGAACUAUGCUGCAAUUUUAAUGCCUAACACAGAACAGCCCUUCCGUCUUAACUGGGCAACAUUUAGUACGGGUGACAAGCGUUCAGAUAAUGCUCCUGAUCUUUCCAUUUUUGUAGGAGACUUAGCUGCAGAUGUUACAGAUAGUUUAUUGCACGAAACGUUUUCUAGUAAAUAUCCGUCUGUUAAAGCUGCAAAAGUUGUCUUUGAUGCCAAUACUGGCCGUUCAAAGGGCUACGGUUUUGUGAGGUUUGGCGACGAGAAUGAAAGGUCACAGGCUAUGACUGAAAUGAAUGGUGUUUAUUGUUCUAGCAGGCCUAUGCGCAUUGGUGCUGCAACUCCCAGGAAAUCUUCUGGAUAUCAGCAACAAGGGGGGUAUGCUCUGAAUGGUACACCAACCCAAGGGUUCCAAUCUGAUGGAGAUGCUACAAACACAACAAUAUUUGUUGGAGGGCUUGAUCCCAAUGUUACUGAUGAAGAUCUCAGGCAGCCCUUCUCUCAGUAUGGUGAGAUUGUCUCUGUUAAAAUACCAGUUGGAAAAGGAUGUGGGUUUGUACAAUUUGCCAACAGAAAUAACGCUGAGGAGGCAUUGCCGAAACUGAAUGGCUCAGUAAUUGGCAAGCAAACAGUCCGGCUUUCAUGGGGUCGCAAUCCAGCAAAUAAGCAGCAGUUUAGAAUGGAUUUCGGCAACCAGUGGGCAGGAGCGGCUUACUAUGGAGGACCUGUUUAUGAUGGUUAUGGUUAUGCUCUGCCGCCACAACAUGACCCAAGCAUGUAUGCUGCAGCUGCUGCAUAUGGAGCUUACCCUGUUUACGGUACCCACCAACAACAAGUAAGCUGAGAAGACAGAGCUGCCCCUAUGUGUUAGCAGCUACCAAGAAUUAGUGAGUGAACUGAGCGAGUGCAAGGAGUAGUAGUUUUAGUAAUGAGACAUGAUGACUCUAGGGUCUCUAGUUCUGUAAUUGGCUUGGC